AUGGACCUCACUCUUCUGCUGAAAUCAUCCAGCAUGUUUCUGAAGUUCCUUCUGUCUACACUCAUGCUCACUUCUCAGGCUAAAGAAAAGACUUUAAAGGAAAUGCUUGGAGAAUGGGAUUAUGAAGUGGUUUAUCCUCAAAAACUUCAUGUCCUUCAUAAAAGACAUGCAAAGGAAGAUCAGGAUCCUGGAAAACGGGAAAAAUAUGAAGCAGAAUUGCAGUAUCAAAUUAUGCUACAUGGAGAAGAAGUGGUGCUUCAUCUGGAGAAAACAAAGGAUCUCUUGGCCCCAGACUACACUGAAACGCAUUACUCAAUCAGAGGAGAGGAGGUCACCACCAGCCCUCAGGUCUCGGAUCACUGCUAUUACCAAGGACACAUCCUAAAUGAACAGGUUUCUAUGGCUAGUGUCAGUACAUGUGAAGGUCUGAGGGGAUACUUCAAGCGACGGGAUCAAAGGUACCUCAUUGAACCUCUAAAGUUCACGGAUCAGAAAGAACAUGCUGUCCUCAAGUAUGGAGACAAGACCCAGAGUGCAGUUAAUGACACCUGUGGAGUGCACCACCUAUCCAAGAGGCAGGCUGGUGUCCAAACCUCCAAGUCAGAUCUCAAGCCAGAAUUACAGACAUAUCUUCAACAGAAGAAACAUAUUGAAUUGUUCAUUGUUGCAGAUAAUGCAAUGUACCACCGGUCUAAACGUAAGCAAAGGUCACUAAGGAAUAGGAUCUUUGGAAUGGUGAAUUUUGUCAAUAUGAUAUAUAAAACCUUGGACAUUCAAGUGGUUUUAGUUGGUCUCGAAAUCUGGACAAAUGGUGAUGAAGUGGAAGUGAACUCAGACCUGGGGACCACCUUACUUCAUUUUGGAAGUUGGCAAGAAACCGUCUUGAAAAAGAGGAAGAAUUUUGACCAUGCUCAGCUACUGAGAGUCUCCAGUCAUCAUCUUAUCUCAGACCACUCAUAUGAUGCAAACAUGGUUGCGGACACAAUUGCCCAUGAGUUGGCCCACAGUAUUGGGAUGCAGCACGAUACUUACUCAUGCCCUUGUCCCUAUGGAAGGUGUGUGAUGGAUGGUGGAAUAAGCAUCCCUUCACAAGGAUUCAGUAAAUGCAACCACAACCAGUUUCACCAAUAUCUUCUGGAUUUUAGACCAAAGUGUAUUCUCAACGCUCCAUUAUCUAGAGAUAUUGUAACACACCCGCGGUGUGGGAACCGAAUAUUGGAAGAGGGAGAAGAGUGUGACUGUGGAAGCCCUCAGGACUGUACCAAUGUCUGCUGUGAGGCUAAGACAUGCACCCGGAAGCCUGGAUUUACAUGCGGAGAAGGGGAAUGCUGUGAAGGCUGCCAUCUUAAAAAGGCAGGGACCAUGUGCAGGCCAGCCAAAGACGAGUGUGAUAUUCCAGAGAUGUGUGAUGGCCUCUCCUUUCGAUGUCCUCAAGACCGAUUCCAAGUGAACGGCUUCCCAUGCAAAACCACAGAAGGCUACUGCUUUAAUGGGAAGUGCCCCACCCGGGACAGCCAGUGCCUUGAAAUAUUCAAGGGGGAGUCUGAGGGAGGUCAUGAUAUCUGCUAUAGAAGAAAUUCAGGAGGGGAUAAAUUUGGAUACUGCAAAAAGGUGAACAACAGAUUCAUUCCCUGUGCAGAAAAAGAUCUCAAGUGUGGAAAGAUAUACUGCAGUGGAGGAAUGUAUCUCCCUUCCUAUGGAGAAGACAGGAUUUAUUACAUCAAGAUUAAAGAGGAGAAUAUUAUAGUUGAAUGCAAAGCUUUUUUCUUGUUAGGACACAGCGAAGAUAUUGGUUUGGUUGCUCCAGGAACAAAAUGUGGAGAUGGAAAGGUAUGCAGCAAUGGGGAAUGUGUGGAUAUUGAGAGAGCCUACAAAUUGACAAAUUGUUCCAGCCAUUGUAAAGGACAUGUGGUAAGUUUGCCAGAAAAUUUUAAGUUAAAGAGCCGUCAGAUGUCAACUCUGCGCACUCACCUCACAUCCUGUAAGAUUUUAAGCUGCUUGUCAAGAGGUUAUCGAAGUAUUUUGAAGGGCCAUUACAUGACUGGCUACACGAUCAGAUGUCAUUUACUUGAUUCAGUGUGUGACCAUGAACUCCAUUGUCAGUGUGAAGAAAGAUGGGCUCCUUCCAAAUGUGAAGACCACAUGGUUACUGCCAAACUGUUUCUUCCAUAUGUUCAGGCAUGUGCCAGAAAAGAACUUAAACAUUCCAAAGUGAUAUAA